AUGAGUGUCGAAUUCCGAGGUCGCUUUUUACGCGAUACUAAAGAAGUUUUUGGUAUCGACAUCGCGGCUUCGUUUGAUGAGCUUUCGUCAUAUUUGUCGCCAAAUUUGAACCCAAAUGAACUGGCAACUUUAUAUGAGCACGUGGACGAUGUCGAUUUGGUCGUGGGUGUAUUAGCAGAACGGCCGACACGUGGUUCCCUGGUG